AUGAGCUCGCCAGAUGAGGUGCCUUUUGGGGGAGCCAGUCACAGCCCAGAGAAGGGGGAGAAGGGCAGCCUCCGGGGGGCUACCACUGGAAGCCCACGGGGGCGCAGACGAGGCCUUGAUGUGGGGACACCACACAGCGGCGAGAGUAGGGCCGGCCUCCCAGUCGCUGUAGGGUUCAAGGUGGAGAGGGAAGUGAUAGGAGACAGAGGGGCAGUGCGGCGGAGCCGGCAAGGCCGACCAGCCUCGCCGACCGGCAAGAAGGAGAAUGCUCUAGAGUACAUACUGCACUUCGAAGAGACUGAAGAGUCCUUGGCCACGGCGCGGCCUAUGACCAAACGGGAUACACGGAGGGUCCGGAGAAACUCCUCCCCAGAAAGCUGCGCCACUCAGCGGCCCUGCAUGGAAGAAGACCUGGCCGGGGUGCCUUCCGACUCCGAGUCAUCGGAUGAGUUCAGUGAGAUACCACUGAUGAAGGUCAUCAUUCAGCCCAAAGCGAAAGUCCAAGCAAAGUCCGACUGCCCAGAGGAUCCCGGAGACGCACCCAGAGCCUCGAAUCCCCACGCCAAGGAUAACGUCGUUCAUGUGCCAGAUUCGUUCCUGAGUGCCACUGCACGCCGAUUCCCUUCAGCUGCAGAAAGACAGCAGCCUGUUGGAGAACUUGAGAUGUCUUCACGGAAGAAAAUGCAAAGUGUGGCCUGGGGCAAGAAAGGGGCCAGGCCUGACUACCCAAGGGCUGCCUCUGCUUCUACUACUACUGCUGCUGUUGCUGCUGCUUCUGUAUACGACUUGCCCCGGGCCACUCUUAGAAAGAAAGAAGCCCAGGAGAAGAAAUGCCUAAGUGGUGCCUCAAAAGUUGCCCUGGAAAGAAAACACCCAUCCUUACCUUCGUGGGGGCAGAGAGUCCCCAUGAGCCUCCCUGAGCCAGCCACCUUCCCCCCAAUCUCUGGCAUCUCACUGCUUGGGAGAUCUAAGAGGGAAUCUUCGGUCCCUUCGGGACCCAGGCAGCCCAGACACAAUGCAGGGAAGAAAUCUCUGGUGAGCAGGACAAGAGAGUUGGAGCUGGUGACUCAGGAUGAUGACCCAAACAGAGAUCCAACCUCAAUGGAUCUAUCCUUGUAUUGUGGAGAAGGAAGCAGUGGAGAACCCAGCCCCAGGGCUCCCCAAGUUCCAGGAAGCUCACAGCCCUUGGCCCUUGACCAGGAAGUCGUCAGGCCUAGGAAUCCUACACCGUCAGGUGACCAGCGGCCACUCACCAGUCGCAUGAGACAGAAUCGGCAGCAGCAACCUCCCAGAGUGCAGGGCUGUCCUAGGUGUGUCAUGCUCCAGAAAGAGAUAGAUGAACUUAAAGAACAACUUGCGGCCCUGCAGAGCCUCACUGACAAGUUCCUGAGCCUUAUAAGUCUCCUCUUUGCUGCACAUCGGGAAGACUAUGAUGGGAAUUAA